AAAGCUUCAACACUUAUACAGAAACAUCAAAGUAAAACAAGAACAGACACCAUACCUAAUGUUUAUGACCGUAGUAGAUGUUAUCUAAUAUUUACCCUAACAAAUGCCAUUAUGUGCAACCCUUACGUUGACCUUUCCUGGUGACCUUUCCCUAUCAUAUAAUCACCCCAGCAUUCAUUCACAGCUUGACUGUUAGUUCUUGUCUUAGAACAUUACAGGAAACAAGAAGAAAACCAAUUAUUUCCCACAAAGCUCGACUCUUCUUCUUCUUCUUCUUCCUCUUCACUGUACACACGUCUAAAUGAUUGACAUAUGGGAAUCAUCGUGGCUGGGACGUCAUUGAAGACGUCAUUAACAAACGGCCUGGGAAAGCUUUGUGAAGUCGCUGGGCAUAUAAAGUCUUGACUCCCUUCAGGUGAACGUGGAGGACGUUCAUGUCAGCAGAGGUGAACUCACCUCAGCCUCUGAGCGAUGGAGAACCAGACGGACAUCCUGCUCCUGGAGGGGUUAAAGGUCACGCACCAGUCCACCGUCCCCGCCUUUAUCCUCCUCCUCCUCAUCUACGUCUUCAUCAUGGUGUCGAACCUCGGCCUGGUGCUGCUGAUCGCCACCGAGCGCAGUCUCCAUCAGCCCAUGUACCUGCUCUUCUGCAACAUGAGUGUGAACGACGCGUUUGGGGCGUCAACCAUCAUCCCUCGCCUGCUGAGCGACGCCCUCCUCCCGAGUACAGAGCGGUUCAUCCCCUACAUUGACUGCGCCGCUCAGGCGUUCUGCGCCCACUUGCACGCGAGCAUGUGUCACACCGUGCUCAUGAUCAUGGCGUUCGACCGCUACGUGGCCAUCUGCAACCCGCUGCGUUACGCUGCUAUCAUGACCAAUAGGAUGGUGGCGGUGCUGUCGGCGUGGGCGUGGACUGUGUCUUUGCUGCUGGUGUCCAUCCUAGUGGGCCUCAGCGUCCGCCUGACGCGCUGCAGGUGGGUUAUCUUCAACCCGUUCUGCGACAAUGCCUCGCUCUUCAAACUCUCCUGCGAAAGCGUCCUGAUCAACAACAUCUACGGCCUCGGCUACACCAUCGUCCUGCUCGGCUCCUCCCUCGGCAGCAUUGCACUCACGUACCUGCGGAUCGCUGCGGUCUGUCUGAGCGGCAGGAACGCGACCCUGAAUGGCCGCGCGCUGCAGACCUGCGCCACUCACCUCGCCGUCUACGUCAUCAUGCUCGUGUCGGGCUCCGUCGUCAUCAUCCUCCAUCGCUUCCCACUCCUGUCAGACCAACGCAAACUGGCCUCCAUCAUGUUCCACGUGGUUCCACCGGCCCUGAAUGCCAUCAUCUACGGACUGCAGAUCAAAGUGGUGCGACAGAAAAUCUUCAUCAUGUUCAGCAGCAAAACCAUGACGGUGAAAUGUUAAUAUUUUUAAUUUUUAUUAAAGUGCCUGUUAAACAGUAAA